GACUUGAAACCUGAGAAUUUAUUGCUAGAUGAGAAGAACAACAUUCGGAUUGCAGAUUUCGGCAUGGCCUCCCUGCAGGUCGGAGAUAGCCUGCUGGAAACAAGCUGUGGUUCUCCUCACUAUGCAUGUCCAGAGGUGAUCAAGGGGGAGAAGUAUGACGGACGUCGCGCAGACAUGUGGAGUUGUGGUGUCAUCCUCUUCGCCCUCCUGGUGGGGGCGCUACCCUUUGAUGAUGACAAUCUACGGCAGCUGUUGGAAAAAGUGAAACGUGGGAUUUUUCACAUGCCCCAUUUCAUUCCUCCAGACUGUCAGAAUCUCCUGCGGGGCAUGAUUGAGGUGGAGCCAGAGAAACGUCUCAGUCUGGAACAGAUUCAGAAACACCCGUGGUUCUUAGGAGGGAAGAAUGAACCGGAACCAGAACAACCGAUCCCUCGGAAGGUAGCAAUCCGAAGGAUUCAGUCAGUCAGUGAGCUGGACCCUGACGUGUUGGAUAGCAUGCACUCGUUGGGCUGUUUCCGUGAUAAGAACAAGCUAAAGCAAGAGCUGCAGAACGAAGGAGAAAAUCAGGAGAAAAUGAUUUAUUACCUUCUACUUGACCGCAAAGAGAGAUAUCCCAGCUGUGAGGACGAGGACCUGCCUCCACGCAAUGAUGUUGACCCUCCUCGGAAGCGCGUUGACUCCCCUAUGCUGAACCGACAUGGCAAACGCCGACCUGAGCGGAAGUCCAUGGAAGUCUUGAGCGUCACAGAUGGUGGUUCUCCAGUCCCAGCCCGACGGGCCAUAGAGAUGGCACAACAUAGUCAGAGGUCUCGAUCUGUAAGUGGUGCCUCCACUGGCUUAUCUUCUAGUCCCCUCAGUAGUCCCAGGGUCACUCCCCACCCCUCCCCUCGGGGAAGCCCCCUCCCUACUCCGCUCGGCACUCCUGUGCACACGCCUAAAGAGAGCCCCAGCGGCACUCCCUGCGGGACGCCCCCCAGCAGUCCUGGUGUGGCCGGCGUGGCAUGGAAAACUCGCUUGAACUCUAUCAAGAACAGCUUCCUUGGUUCCCCACGCUUCCAUCGUCGGAAACUGCAAGUUCCCACACCAGAAGAAAUGUCUAGUCUUACACCAGAAUCAUCCCCUGAGCUUGCCAAGAAAUCCUGGUUUGGAAAUUUUAUCAACUUAGACAAAGAAGAACAAAUUUUUGUGGUCAUCAAAGACAAACCCCUGAGUUCCAUCAAGGCUGAUAUUGUACACGCCUUCCUCUCAAUCCCCAGCCUGAGUCACAGCGUUAUAUCCCAAACAAGCUUUCGGGCUGAAUAUAAAUCAUCGGGUGGGCCCUCCGUCUUCCAAAAACCUGUCAAGUUCCAAGUUGACAUCAGCUACUCCGAGGGGGGAGAGGCACACAAGGACAGUGGGAUCUACUCAGUCACCUUCACCCUCAUCUCAGUAUUUACAGUAUCAUGGUGGCAUUAA